AUGGCGUCAUCGCCUCGCGCCGCACGUCGGCGAGGUAACGCGUGGUUUUGGCGCCCGCGUGGAGUCGGGACUCGUGGCUCAGCUGUCUCCAUGGCCGCCUCGGAGCAGCCGACUGCGGCGAUGAAGCGGCGGCACAAGGCGCAGUACGUGCCGGGGCAGCAGGCCAAGCGGCCCCGGGGCGGCGGCGGGCCGCGGCAGCUGGAGCUCGGCAUGCAGGGCAUCCUCAUCACCUGCAACAUGAACGAGCGCAAGUGCGUGGGGGAGGCCUACAGCCUGCUCAACGAGUACGGGGACCUGCUCUACGGGCCCGAGAAGUUUACAGAUCAAGAUGGCAGGUUGUCAGGAAGUGAAGAGGAGGAAGAUGAUGUUGAAGCUGCCUUAAAGAAAGAAGUUGAUCAGAUUCGCACUUCGACUGAACAGAAGCUGAGAAGAUUCCAGUCAGUGGAGAGUGGAGCUAACAAUGUGGUCUUUAUUAGAACGCUGGGUGUAGAACCCGAGAAACUCGUGCAUCAUAUAUUAAAGGACUUGCACACUACUAAAAAGAAGAAAACAAGAGUUAUUCUGCGCAUGUUGCCCAUUUCUGGAACCUGCAAGGCUUUUGUGGAAGAUAUGAAAAAGUAUUCAGAGACCUUCUUUGAGCCUUGGUUUAAAGCCCCUAAUAAGGGUACUUUUCAGAUUGUUUACAAAGCUCGUAAUAACAGUCACAUGAGUAGAGAAGAAGUAAUCAAAGAAUUGGCAGGAAUAGUGGGCAGCCUAAAUCCAGAAAACAAAGUGGAUCUUAAUAACCCCCAGUAUACCAUUGUGGUAGAAAUAAUAAAAAACGUCUGUUGCUUGAGCGUGGUGAAGGACUAUGUUUUAUUCAGAAAAUAUAAUCUACAAGAGGUGGUGAAGAGCAACAAGGAGGAACCAGUGCAGCAAAACCUGUUGAGUGCUUCACAAGAGGAGACGUUGAAAGAAAUAAAACUGGCAGAAGAGGACUCUAAAGAAGUGAAACCAGAAGACAAAGAUCAGAGUGAAGAGGAAUCUAAGCCCAAUGAGAGCGACAGUCAGCAGGCAUAGAGAAUGUGCUGGAAGGGGAAGACCAACACUAAAGAUCACUGUAAAAUAGACUGGCUUAGAGUUUUGAAAUGGACAUUUAAAGGGGAGCUUAAUUUUUUAUUUUAAAUUUGCUUUUUAAAAUAACCAAGUAUUUAAAAAAAAAAGUCAUGCUCCAUCCUGUCUUUGCUAUUGGAGCCAAUGUUGCAGCACACAGUGUCAGAGAAUGGUGAUAUUUAUCACUUAAACUCUUCAGCCUGAUUCUCCAAUGCCUUCCAUCUUGUGUGGUCAUAUAUCUGUGCAAUGUGUAUGUAAAUUGUUACCAGUCUGAUCUAGUAGCAUUUUACACCCACUUACCACAUGUAAAUAACUACCAUGGGGUGCCGGGCUGACUCAACCCCUUUGCCUCUAGACAUUCUGAGAAGCCAGUGGCAGAGGCAGGAUUGAGAGGUCUGGAAAAGGACAGGAUUUUGCAAGGGGAUUUAUUUGAAAAUACAGUGCCAUUUUGUUUUGGUGACGUGACAUGACUUUGCAUACUAUGUAAACCUUGUCUUAUUAAAUACAGAAUGAGCCAAAA